AUGGGCAAAAAGAAGAGAGGACACCCCGACGUCGAGGACCUCCUUGCUCGUCCAUGGUGCUACUACUGCGAACGUGACUUUGAGGAUCUCAAGCUCCUCAUCUCCCACCAGAAAGCCAAGCACUUCAAGUGCGACCGAUGCGGCAAGCGACUGAACACGGCCGGCGGUCUGUCGGUCCACAUGAACCAGGUGCACAAGGAAUCGCUCGACAAGGUCGAGAACGCGCUGCCCAACCGACAGGGGCUCGACAUUGAGAUCUUCGGCAUGGAGGGCGUCCCCGACGACAUUGUCCAGCAGCACAACCAGCGCAUCAUCACAAACUUCUACACAGCACAGGCCGAGCGCCACGCCGCUACCGGCAACCCGCCGCCCGGCCAAGCUGGUGGCCAGGGACCCGCAAAGAAGAUCAAGAUCGAGACCCCCGAGGAGCUGAAGAAGAGGUUGGCCGACCACAGAGCAAAGGUCGCCCAGAUAAAGGCCAAUGGUGGUACGCUGCCGGUGCCUGUUGUGGUGCCGAAGUCGCAGCAGCAAGCUCAAGUUCCUGUUUCUUCUGUGUCGCCCGUUGCUGGCCAGAGUCCGGCGCAAGGCGCAUCCCCCUUCCUCCCCCGCAACCAGGAUUCCCGUACCCCCCACCCGUCGGCGUCCCCGGUGCCUUCCCACCUCCAGUACAACCAGGUGUUGUCGGCACCUACCCUCCCGUCUAUCCCCCUCCCGGCCCAACACCCCCACUGCCCGGUGGCCCCGGUGGCCCGGCGGGCUUCAACCUCCCUGCCAGGCCGACGGGCGGCGCUCUCGCGCAGAGACCACCUUACUACAACAACAACAACAACAACAACAACAACAACAACAACAACAACUACAACGGUGGUGGCGCAGUGCCGCCACCAGGUGCUGGAUACCCCGGCGGAGCCUCGACUGUCGAUGAGCUGGUGUCUGGCGCUGCGAGGCAAGGAGGAGCUCAAGGAGACGAGAUCGAUCAGCUUAUCCGUGCCGCGGAGCAGGGCAGCAAGCCGCCUGCUAGGGCAGAGGAUGCUGCUGGUGGGGAGAAGAAGGGCAAGAGCAAGGACAAGAAUAUGCGCAUGGUUUAUGGCGAUAGCGAAGUCAGUCCGGAGGAGAAGAUGGCGCUGCUGCCGAGGUAUGCGGUUGCUGCGGCGUAGAGCUUGCCCAGGAACAGAUGGAUGCUGGGCGCUGCGCGAUGAACCACAAAAAACAAGCGCGAUGGGACCAAUUGAGGGGGCUUAG